CAAAUUCAUAAGUAAAAUAAUAAACGAUUAUUAUCCAUAUUUACGACACGCAUACGGUGCACAUACACUUUUUUAUUUGGUUAAUUUUCUUCUAAUCCAUUCCGGUUUGUUUACCUUCGGCAUCUCGAAGUAGGUAAAGUUCAAGCCUAAACAACAAUUACUCAAGAUUUAAUCGCUCUAAACGUUAAUAUAGCCGUGGAAGGAAUCUAAGACACCAGUCGUGUCCUAAUCGUGUGCGAUAUUGUAAUCAACUGAUAAUUCAACCUAAAUCCACAUAAACAAUGUCAUGAUCCCAAACAUACGCGAACCUAAAAUGGAAAAAUAUUUCGUUUCGGAAAAUGACAAAAGUGCAGUGCGGGCCCAGUUUGGAGUCUGUGACGAAACGGCUCGAAGAAAAGUGAAAUCGCUGAAAUUGUGGAUAGAACAGUGUCCUCAUUUACCACUGGAAAGUAAAGAUGAAAACUUUUUGGAAAUCAUGUUACUAAGAGGGAAGUUUAAGGAAGACCGUGUCAGGAAAAAUAUCGAGAACUAUUUCACUUAUUUAAGCCGCUAUCCGGAAAUGUUCACCGGGUUUGCAAAUUUGAGGCCGGUUGAAGAAGUCGGUGUUGCCGUUCUCUUGCCCGUCCCGACAGCAACAUGGGAACGCAUUGCAAUCCUAAAACUGCAACCGGACAAAGUUGGGAAAGUUUUAGAUGUUCAUAGAUGUCUAGCGAUCGGUUUAGCCACUGCUAUGAUUGCCUUCAAUUACGAUUAUACAGCGAGUGUUCGCCUCAUUUUGGAUUUUGAAAGUUUCACAAUGAGACACAUUUUGCAAGUCAAUAUCAACGAUUUGUUUAAGGCGAUUUCGAUUCAUGAAAAUGUGCUAAAAAUGCGAAUUUCCGGAAUCGAGAUAUUGAAUGCCCCACAUGUCAUUAGUGUGAUUCUUAAUCUUGCGAAGAUUUGUCUUAAACCGAAGUUAAUUUCACGGUUAUCGGUGCACAACAAUGUUGAAUCAUUGAGUAAAAGUAUCUCCAAGAAGUAUUUACCGGCUGAUUAUGGAGGCGAACAACCGAAUAUUCAAACAUUGAUUGCAAUGUGCGAAAGCACCUUCUUGGACAAGAAAGACUUUUUCCAAAAAAUCGAACGCUUGGCCGAACAAAACCAAACAAGAGGGGAGAUUUUCGGAGUUCAAGGAUCAUUCAAAUCGCUCAAUUUGGACUAAGUUAUUUUAUUUAUUUUCCGACGAUUUUUUCAAAUAAAAUUCUAAUCAAUC